AUGAUUGCGCUGAUAAUAAUCAUGGUUAAUUCGGUUGCUUUAGACUUCAAAUUACAAGAUGCCACAGUUGGAACUCCUAAUAUUACUUCGAACAAGACAUGCUACAUAUUUUAUUUCCCAUGUAAUAAUUAUUCCCAUUGUACAUCAUAUGAAGGGAUCUUACCAAAGGGAAGAUAUAGAUUAGAAGUAUGGGGAGCUGAAGGUGGAAUGAUGCACUCAGAUUCAGCAGCCAAACCAGGAAAAGGAGGAUAUGCAAGAGGAAUAAUCAAUAUAACAUCGCCUACAAAAAUUUUCAUUCAUUUGGGAGGAUCUCCGCCGAGAAGAAAUGAUUCUGAAAAGAAGAUAAUAUAUGGUGGAUAUAAUGGAGGAGGAAUGAAUAUCAAUCCUCAAGGAAGUAUUCAAAAUGGUGGUGGCGGGGCUUCUGAUAUUCGUAUUGAAAAUGACGAUCUUUAUUCAAGAGUGUUGGUUGCGGGUGGAGGCGGGUAUGGAGGUAAAAUAUCUGAUAUUAUAAGCAACCAAGGAAGAUCUGGAGGGGGUCUCUAUGGAGAGUCAGCAGAUUUUUACGGGAUUAGUGGAAGCACACAAUAUUCAGCAGGUUCGUGCAAUUAUCCAGCUCACGCGGGAAGUUUUGGCUUCGGUGGUAAUAAUAGCUUUCUUGGAGGAGGUGCAGGAGGUGGUUGGUUUGGAGGAGCAUCAGCAGAUCCAAGUUCAUAUGAAAUUGGAAGUUCUGGAGGUGGCUCUGGUUUUGUUUAUAACUAUUCUUUUUACCCGGGUUUCCAAUACAAAGUAGAUUCAAAGUAUAUGCUAUCCAAAGCAAAUUUGAUUCCAGGAAAUGAGAGUUUGCCUGAAUGGGAUGGAUCUCAUAGCAUUGGACAUUCUGGUCAUGGAGUUGCAAAAAUUACUUUAUUAUUACCUCCCAAAAAAACUGAAUUCAUUGAUCCAUAUCAUGAUAAGUUUUUUCGUCAAAUUCGAAGAAGAUAA